AGUGCUUGUACGUCAGCGGGCAGAGCUGUGUGAACAUAAAAGCCCUGUGAAGAGAGAGAGAGAGCGAGAGAAACACAUCCACAGACAGACAGACGGGUGAGGAUGGAGGCAGACGAUUACACACGGAGAGGGAAGGAGAUGGUAGAUUUCAUCCGGCGGUAUCUCACAGGCAUUCGUGACAGGCGUGUCGUUCCAGACGUGCAGCCAGGUUUCAUGCGUCCUCUGCUGCCCACCUGUGCCCCGCAUGAACCAGAGGACUGGAACUCCAUCCUGCAGGACGUGGAGAACAUCAUCUUGCCCGGGGUGGUGCAUUGGCAGAGUCCUCACAUGCAUGCGUAUUUUCCAGCGCUGAACUCAUGGCCGUCUCUGUUGGGUGACAUGCUCGCAGAUGCUAUUAACUGUCUCGGCUUCACCUGGGCUUCGAGUCCGGCGUGCACUGAGCUGGAGAUGUGUGUGUUGGACUGGUUGUGUAAAGCGCUGGGCUUACCAGAUCACUACUUACACCAUCACCCACAGAGCACUGGAGGAGGAAUACUGCAGAGUACGGUCAGCGAGUGUACUCUUGUGGCUCUUCUGGCUGCCAGGAAAGACAGAAUCCUGCAGAUGAAAAGCGAAUCGUGUCACGCUGACACAGACGAGUCUGUGCUGAACUCUAAACUCAUCGCAUACGCAUCCGAUCAGGCUCAUUCAUCGGUGGAGAAAGCAGGUCUGAUCUCGCUGGUGAAGAUCAGAUUUCUGGAGACAGACGAGGCGUUUGCGUUGCGUGGAGAAACUCUUCAGCGUGCCAUCGAGGAAGACAGAAAGAAUGGAUUCAUACCUGUCAUGCUGUGUGCGACGCUCGGCUCCACUGGUGUGUGUUCAUUUGAUCGUCUGGAUGAACUGGGUCCAGUGUGUGCGCGUGAAGGUCUCUGGCUGCAUGUGGAUGCGGCGUACGCAGGUUCAGCUCUUCUGUGUCCUGAGCUGCGCUACUUCAUCAACGGAAUCCAGUUUGCAGACUCGUUCGUCUUCAACCCGUCCAAGUGGAUGAUGGUUCAUUUCGACUGUACGGCGUUCUGGGUGAAACAUAAACUGAAGCUUCAGCAGACGUUUACCGUGGACCCGCUUUACCUGAGACAUGACAACUCUGACACGACUGACUUCAUGCACUGGCAGAUUUCUCUGAGUCGACGCUUUCGUUCGCUGAAGUUGUGGUUUGUGAUGCGUUCGUUUGGACUGAAGAACCUGCAGGCUCACAUAAGACACGGUGUGGAGAUGGCAAAGCUCUUCGAGUCUCUGGUCAGGAGUGACACAAACUUCCAGAUUCCAGCUCAGCGUCACCUCGGGCUCGUGGUUUUCUGUUUAAGGGCAGGGAACGGCCCGACGCAGGAGUUGCUGAGAGAACUGACGAAGUCCGGGCAGAUAUUUCUGAUUCCCGCCGCCAUCGGAAACAAACUCAUCAUCCGCUUCACGGUCACGUCUCAGUUCACCAGCGCUCAGGACAUCGAGAGAGACUGGAAGCUCAUACAGCAGACGGCCAGAGAGGUGCUGCAGACCCGCGGGCUCACGCGAGAGCCCAGCCUGGUUUCCGACGGCGACAGCUGCGAGGAGAACGCUGAGGAGGAGCAGGAGGAGGUCCUGAUGAGCAUCCAUUCCGAGCUGAGCAGAAUGCGUCUGGAGCCCAUGAUCGACGAGCGUCUGGUGCGGCAGGGACAGAGACGAGCCAUCCGCUCGCUGAGCUGCAGCGCCGAGCUCCCGCCCGCCAGACCUGAUCGCAGCCACCCGUCCAACGAGGCCCUGCCCUCGGGCUCCCUGCCGCAGAUCCCCGAGCGGCCGGCACGCUUCGAGCCACGGGCGCAGAAGCGCUUGCUGAAGGUCCACAGCGUUCCCAGUCUGUCGCAGGUGUGGGCGCAGUGUGGCAUGCAGCAGCUCUAUCACCCCUUUAAGAGAGGCUGGGUCACCAGCCGGGCGAGCUGCUUCAACUGCUUCCCUUUAGCCGACAGCCGCCCUCUGCCCACCAAAUAACACCCAUACUGACAACAACAACACACACACACACACACACACACACACACACACACACAUCAAACACGUACAUCACGCACACACACACAUGUAUGUCUUUAUUAAUACACACGCAUUCAUUUCCAGUCAAGCGUUUAAAAAUACUUUACUGAGUUCAUGUUUGUCUUGAUCUUCAUCAAAUACUGAGUUCAUGUUUGUCUUGAUCUUCAUCAAAUUCUUUUGAAGUGUUUUAUUAUUAUCAUUGUUUCUGAGCACAGACUCUACUUUUUAACUGUUAGUUUAUAGAGAACCACAGAAAUGGUGAAUUAUGAAUAUGAUUUGGUGUUUAGGUCAAUAAAUUCAUCAAAGA